CGCCCGCCCCGCCGGGACCCGUCCCCCGCGCUGCCCCCGCCGGGGACCGUCCCCGGGCCGCCCCGCCCAGCCGCUGCUCUCGGGGUCGGGCUCCUCCCCGAUGGGAUAGGCUAUAAAGAUGUUCAGUUUCGAAGGGGAUUUCAAAACGAGGCCCAAGGUGUCCCUGGGAGGCGCGAGCCGGAAGGAAGAAAAGGCUUCUCUGCUGCAUCGCGCUCAGGAAGAGAGAAGAAAGAGAGAGGAAGAAAGGCGAAGACUGAAAAAUGCAGUAAUUAUCCAGUCAUUUAUUCGCGGCUACAGAGACAGAAAGCAGCAAUAUUCCAUCCAGAGAAGUGCGUUUGAUCGCUGCACGAACCUGUCCCAGUCCGGUGGCGCGUUUUCCCUUGCCAGCGGUCCCAACCUUACCCUUUUGGUGAGGCAGCUUCUGUUUUUUUACAAACAGAAUGAAGACUCAAAACGUUUGACCUGGACGUGUCGGCACCUAAUUAAACAUGGCUCUGCGUUUGUCCAGCAGCUGGGCGGCUCCGACAGGCUCACGUGCUUGUUUCAGAUAAAGAGGCUGCUGGGCCUGUGCUGCAGGUUGCUGCAGAACUGUAAUGAUGACAGUUUGAAUGUUGCACUUCCAAUGAGGAUGCUUGAGGUGUUUUCUUCCGAGAACACUUAUUUGCCUGUUUUACAAGAUGCUAGCUAUGUGGUGUCAGUAAUUGAACAGAUUUUGCACUACAUGAUUCAGAAUGGGUAUUACAGAUCUCUCUAUUUGUUAAUUAACAGCAAACUUCCAUCCAGUAUUGAAUAUUCUGAUUUAUCUCGAGUUCCUAUAGCAAAAAUUUUGCUAGAGAAUGUUUUAAAACCAUUGCACUUUACUUACAACUCCUGUCCAGAAGGUGCAAGGCAACAAGUUUUUACAGCCUUCACAAAGGAGGUGUUGGCAGCGCCUUUCACAGAGCAGAUUUUCCAUUUGGUCAUUCCAGCACUAGCAGACGUGCAGACUGCUUUCCCUUAUGAGCCCUUUCUGAAUGCACUGCUGUCGGGAGAGAGCGGCUGUCCGAGGACAAGUGGUGGAACACCGUGGCUCUUCUACUUUGUUCUAACUGUUGGCGAAAAUUACCUGGGGACCCUCUCUGAGGAAGGACUGCUUGUGUACUUGAGAGUGCUCCAGACCUUCCUGUCUCAGUUACCAGUGUCACCUGCUAAUGCAAGCUGUCAGGAUUCAGCCAGUGACUCUGAAGACGAGAGCGAAGAGACGGACAAGCAGGCCAGCACCCCGGAGGAUGGUAGACUGUCAGUACCAUACAUAACAGAGGAGUGUCUGAAAAAACUGGAUACCAAGCAGCAGACCAACACCCUGUUGAACCUGGUCUGGAGGGACUCGGCCAGCGAGGAGGCCUUCACGCUGAUGGCGGGCAUCUGCCACACGCUCAUGGUGCAGCACCGGGUGAUGGUGCCCAAGGCCAGGCUUCUCUACAGUUUAGCCUUUAACGCCAGGUUUCUGAGACAUCUCUGGUUCCUCAUAUCUUCUAUGACAACACGGAUGAUCACAGGGUCUAUGGUUCCACUGCUCCAGGUGAUAUCAAGGGGCUCUCCAAUGUCUUUUGAAGAUUCUAGUAGAAUCAUCCCCCUCUUUUACCUUUUCAGCUCCUUGUUUAGUCAUUCACUGAUUUCCAUCCAUGACAAUGAGUUCUUCGGUGACCCCAUGGAAGUUGUAGGUCAGAGGCCGUCGUCAAUGAUGCCUUUCACUUUAGAAGAGCUGGUAAUACUGUCUCGAUGCCUUCGAGACGCCUGCUUAGGGAUCAUCAAGCUGGCGUACCCGGAGACAAAGCCAGAGGUUCGGGAAGAGUAUGUCACGGCGUUUCGCAGCGUUGGGGUCACUACGAGCUCGGAGAUGCAGCGGUGCAUGCAGAUGGAGCAGAAGCGGUGGAUUCAGCUGUUUAAGGUCAUCACCAACCUGGUGAAGAUGCUGAAGUCCAGAGACACAAGGAGAAGUUUCUGUCCUCCAAAUCACUGGCUGUCAGAACAAGAAGACAUUAAAGCAGAUAAGGUCACCCAGCUCUACGUGCCGGCGUCUAGAAACGCGUGGCGGUUCCGGCGAAUGGGGAGGAUCGGCCCCCUGCGGUCCACCCUGGAUGUGGGCUUGGAGUCCCCGCCGCUGUCUGUGUCCGAGGAGAGGCAGCUCGCCAUCCUAACAGAGCUGCCCUUCGUGGUCCCGUUUGAAGAACGAGUAAAGAUCUUUCAGAGGUUGAUUUAUGCAGACAAGCAAGAUGUUCAAGGAGAUGGUCCAUUUCUGGAUGGAAUUAAUGUCACAAUAAGAAGAAAUUAUAUUUAUGAAGACGCUUAUGACAAACUUUCCCCAGAGAAUGAACCUGAUCUGAAAAAGCGGAUUCGUGUGCAUUUACUCAACGCGCACGGCCUGGACGAAGCUGGCAUUGACGGCGGUGGCAUUUUCAGAGAGUUCCUAAAUGAACUGCUGAAGUCAGGGUUUAACCCCAACCAGGGGUUCUUUAAGACUACUAAUGAAGGGCUCCUGUACCCCAGCCCGGCCGCUCAGAUGCUCGUGGGAGGCUCCUUCGCCAGACAUUACUACUUCCUGGGCAGGAUGCUUGGAAAGGCCCUCUACGAGAACAUGCUGGUGGAGCUGCCCUUCGCAGGCUUCUUCCUGUCCAAGCUGCUGGGGACCAGCGCGGACGUGGACAUCCACCACCUGGCCUCCUUGGACCCGGAGGUGUAUAGGAACCUGCUCUUUCUCAAGAGCUAUGAAGGGGACGUGGAGGAGCUGGGGCUGAACUUCACUGUGGUGAACAACGACCUCGGAGAGGCACAGGUGGUGGAGCUGAAGCUGGGCGGGAAGGACAUCCCUGUGACCAGCGCCAACCGGAUCGCGUACAUCCAUCUGGUGGCCGACUACAGGCUGAACCGGCAGAUCCGCCAGCACUGCCUGGCCUUCCGGCAGGGCCUGGCCAACGUGGUCAGUCUGGAGUGGUUGCGCAUGUUCGACCAGCAGGAGAUUCAGGUGUUGAUUUCUGGUGCGCAAGUCCCCAUAAGCCUGGAGGACCUGAAGUCCUUCACAAACUACUCAGGAGGCUACUCCGCCGACCACCCCGUGAUCAGAGUCUUCUGGAGAGUUGUGGAGGGGUUCACAGACGCCGAGAAACGCAAGCUGCUCAAGUUCGUGACGAGCUGCUCCCGGCCCCCCCUGCUGGGCUUCAAGGAGCUGUACCCCGCCUUCUGCAUCCACAACGGGGGCUCCGACCUGGAGCGGCUCCCCACGGCCAGCACCUGCAUGAACCUGCUGAAGCUGCCCGAGUUCCACGACGAGGCGCUGCUGCGGAGCAAGCUGCUCUACGCCAUCGAGUGCGCCGCUGGCUUCGAGCUGAGCUGAGCCGCCCGCACCCCCCCCCGGUGAGCAGCACCCAGGCCGAGGGGCGCUCGGGCUGGACUCUGAAGCUCUCCCGGCCCCACCCCCCAGCCCCCUUCAUCUUUCAGUGGUUGAUUAAGUUGUGCGCACUUACUUAGAUGGACGUUGCUUUUCAGAUCCUUGAAAUAACACGUGUUAUGUGCCAUGUGGCCCACUUAGUAAUUUUGCCGAGAAGAGCACAGUUUGCAGACUAGUGGCAACUCAGUGAAAUUAACCAAAGAUGAAGCUUUGGCUUUGCGGACGGAGCCGGGCCCUCCCUGGGCCGCGCGGCCGGGGGGGCUCCUGAGAGACGGACGGCGCCGCUUGGGGGCCCAGACUGGCCCUGCCCGCGGAGACCCUGGGGCCGACGGGAGGCGCUUGCUCUCAGGGCCGCUGCUCCUCGCGUGGGUGAAUUGUUUACAAGCCUGAUUGUUAAAACUAUAAAGGCGUUUUUUUUUUCCUGCUGCCUUUUCCCAAAGUGGUUAGGUUUGGAAAAUAGAUAAAGUGAUGCUAUUUUACUUGUGUUUCCUAAGCCGUCUGCCCCAGACGGGGCGAGCUUGCUUGCUCCCCGUGUGCCACUGACCUGCGUCGGGAUGGUUGGACGCUCCUGUGUGUGGUGUGUGCGAGGUGGGUGCUUCAUUCUCUCCAUUUCUGUCUCCACUUUGUGCCUGGAGAGCUUUCAGGGGAGGGGUCUCCGUCCAGUUCCUGCGGCGUGUGUGACCCACGUGAGUGAUGGCUCGGGGGGAGGAGACCCCACGGCACGGUCUCAAGUCACUUGAACCAAAGUGCGGCUCGCACACCCUCGCCUGGGCUGCAGCGGCCGUCUUCCCGGGUGUGGGGGUGACUUGUGCUCCUGCCUCCUCCGCUCCCCUCCAGCCCCGGUGCUGCUGUGCAGGACGAGCGGGCCGGCCCCAGACCAGUGGGGGGCGCGCUGGUGCCCCCCCCCCCCCCGAGAUACGGCACUUUAUCAGGACCUGACUUGUUGCUGGGUGGUUUUGGCCUCUGAAAGCGGAGAGCGUUGCAGACGUCACCUGUGAGAGCAGAGUGGCCCUUUGCUGCUGCCGGGGGGCCGGAGGUGUCUCGCCCGCCGCCUCUCCUCCACGGCUGGUGUUCGCUGUCACGGGGGCUCUGGGGCUGGCCGUUGCGUUGACAGAAUUAGCAAUAUACUUUUAAAUGGGGGGAGCCAAAUGACACUUUGAAGACAAUGACCAUUAUCAAAACAAAAUGUAUAAUUUCUUAAUUUGAAUAAUAAAUUAAGUGUCUAAAUGCUGUUUGUGGUCUUGAUACACAGAAAUAAAACGGUUAGGGCUUGUC